AUUUCCGGUCAUAGUACGGCGAUGGUUGUGUUUAUCGAAUCUCAAUAAACAAUAAAGAAUAGCACAAUUUUAAACAGAAAAAGUGUAUUAUUUUAAUAAAAUCAGUGACCAUGGCGUUGGGGGCGUACGCUGAAGAAUAUUUUCGGUCCAUGAAUCCUAUAGCUUCGAAAAUACACGAAGAUAUAGUUGAUGCAAAGAAUUCUUACGAAAAUAUAUGGGAAACGCUAACGGAAAAAGAAAAGACUGAAGUAAUAAACGAAUCUCUAAUAAAACCUGACAUAAGUCUGAAGUACGCUCUCCUAGAUACCCUAGACUUUGACAUAAAUGACCCACCGGUCCGCAAAGAUGACCUAAUGUCAUUCUUCGGUCGUGAACACGGACAAAAACUAAUUCAAGACGAACAUGCUUCAUAUAGAGAUGAACAUAGUAGUCCGUUCUUAUAUCAAACGAAGAGCCAAUUGAAUCUUUGUAUUUUAAGCGACUGUAGGGCUCCGAAGGAUGUGAAACCUACGUCACCAGCUCCGAUCAUGUCCGAGCUAGCGUUAUCGCACUCUAAAGUUGUCUCCGAGCUCAAGAAUGCUUUAAAAUCCCACGAUGUUCUCCGAAGUACUUAUAAGGAGGGAGCGGAGAGGGAAGUUACUUCUCCAGGGUUCAUCAGCAAGUUUAUAGGCAAUUUCAAGAGUAAGGACGAAGAACGAGAGUGUCUUGUGUCCGUUGGUCCACAGACGCAAAUUGUGGCUUCAUCGGAGAAUUUCUUCAGGACCAAUUUCAAGAGUCCGCAGCCUGAAAACAAGUAUGAAAAGGACUAUAGAAGCAGUGUAGUUAAAUCUAGUAGCGACUUAUCAGAGGAGAAUAGGGGUCUUCUAUCUUCAAGUCAAGCAUCAUCAGGCACGGACUUCCAGUCAACGGAGACGCUGACAGACUCCGUACCAAAGACCGGCUACGAUUUCUUAGAUAAUUGGUAAUUUUUGUACGUUAUAAACAACAUUAUUUUAGUAAUAGAUUAUUCUAAAAUUGUCAAUGAAUUUGGUAAAGUUAUAGUCUUAGACACGUAUGGUCGAAAUUGAUACAUUAAUGUCAAAUUCAAACGAAAAAUGUUUAGGCUCAGAUCGAUUUUUGAUCCAAAAUCUGCCGAUUGGUGUCGGUUUUUGACACUCCUAUCAUAAAUUCAGAGAUUUUGAAAUGAUAUCGGUAAAAAAUUUCGUUUGUUACAAUGUUUUUAGACUAUUCGAUUCGAUAUCGAUAUAGUAUCCGCCAAAAUCGACCUCAGUAUUUGUUUCCGAUAUCGGAUCGGAUAGCCUGUAAAGGCUGUUAUCGAAUGCGAUGUCCCGAUUUUAAUUGACACGGAACAAAAGGAAUGUUUUCUUACAACACACUACCUACGUUUUCUCGUUCAAAAUUCACGGAAGACACUUCGAAAAAUGUAUUUACUUAUAUUACCUAGUUAAAUAUGCAAACACAAAUAACUAUUGGAUUCAAGGACCAGACCUCUAGGCAAGCAACUCAUUCGCCCCUAUUUUUUUUUGGCUCCGCUACUCCUAUGCUCAAUCCCUCCACCUCCCAUGGCCCCACCGAUAUACAAUGUCAUUUCGGCCGAAUCGCCAGGGGUACACCGCGGAUAGCCCGCCCUGUAGUCUUGCUGAUUUUGAUUCUGCGGACGGGCUAUCACCGCGGCGCCUCUUGACCCUGUACAUUGCUUGUCCCUAUGUAGGCCUUCUCCCCUACCGGUUUUUUUUUCACACUGUACUCCUAUGGUCAGUCGGGCUCGCGUAUCUCGCGGCGUCCCUUUGGAAACUGGCGCCCUAGGCACUUGUCUAGUUUACCUGGCUAAGAGCUCAUGGUGCGAUCUUCUCCCGCACCCGCCGCGGUAGCGGAAUGGAGGCGGAAUUUUCAAAACUCACGAGACCAGUUUUAUGGGAUCCCGCAGCCACCGCGGUUGCGAUUAUCGUCCGCAAACUUGGCGGUAGAUUAUCCCAAGACGGGCGGGCGGUUAAACAAUCAGUUAAGUUCCCGACCGGCCGUCCCAUUGCGAUCGCCCACCAACCGAUCGCAGAGCGCACGGGUGCUAGCUGCCGUGCCCGCCGGAGCCGCAAACUAUCGCAACCGCUGCGGGCGUAAAAUACGCCGUGAAAAUUGCUGUGACUUUUCCCAUAAAUAUCUGCAUUCUACAAAGGCUGUAGGCUCGCAACCGCGGCGGGCGCGAGAGCAAAUCGCGCCGUAAGUCAUUACCCUUAGGAAUAAUACGGCUCUGUGCCUUUACCCAAACGCCACUUUAGCGCUUGUCUACAGAGAGAGAGUAGAAAACUAAAUGUAUGAAUGACACUAACAAGUGUCAAAACGCGAGUUUUGACACUUGUUAGUGUCAUUUUUGACGCGAGUGAUGCCGCGAGUAAAAGCUAGUUCCAUAUAAUUUGUUUUUCUAUUCUACAUGUAGACAAGCGCUAAAUGGCAUUUGGCUACAGCUGCUGGUUGGAUUCGUAACAUAGAUCUGUAGAGUGAUCAAAAAACUUCUAUAAAUACGUGUAUAUAUAUAUAUCCUCAAAUGCUUGUUAGAAGACGUGAUGUUAUAUGGCGGAAGUAAUACAAUAAGGAAUGUCUUUGACUCAAGAUAACACUCAUUAGGUUAAUUACAUUUAUAUGUACUUAGUUGUUAUCUUAAUUUACUCAUUGUUUCUUAGAAUUAGCUGUGAGUAUCUAGGUAUGUAAGCGCGAAGGAAUUUCGGGAUUAACUUUAAAGUUUAAAGCGAGCGGUCGAUUCCCGUUCGGGUAAAGUAUUACUGGGUUUUCAAAAAAAUCUCAGUAUUAGCACGGAGUCUGGGAUUGUGCCCUGUAUACGACAAUAGGUGAAUCGGCUCACCCCCUAUUACAUGGGACUCAUUAAAUAAAUAGUGAAAAGUGAGUGUUACAUUGUACAGUGGC